CUUUUUAUUAAAUUCACUAUAAAAACUGAUGGAAACAUAAUCAACUUUUAGUUGAGUGGAUCCAUUAAGUGUUCGAGCACUGAAAUCGAAUUUCUAAGCGUUUAUUUAAUUUCAUCCGAAUGAAAUAAACACAAAUCGAUUUCAACAUACACAAGAUAAACUCUACUACAGUGAUGCUUUUGAAAACAUGGACCACAAGUGGCAUUUUGAAUCCUAACAUUGAGUUAUUCACGGGCAAUGUUCAUUAUUUUAAUCGGCAUACUUUUCGCGAGUCUACAUUCGAUUUCUGGCGGCCACAUAGAAACCGUUUCAGCUAGUGGCUGUGAGUCUUGUAGCAUAUACUUGACUUGUAAACACUUUACGUCAAUUAUUGCUAUAAUAGAAGCAUCAUUUGUUCCUGGCACCAAUGCAUCCUUAGAAGUUUCAACACCGUUUCCUAUACAAUAUCCCAGGCAAUGCCUCAACCAUAGGUGUUCCGGAAAUAAUCAUUGUAGUUUUAUUCUGAAUGAAGACUGUCCAGGUGCAAAAAACUAUUGGGGAGAAGGAACACUUUACGUCAAAUAUUCCUGUAUAACAGAAGAUCGAGUUGUGAAGUACUGCAAUCGUGAAAUUGUUCUACCAGAUCCAAAUAAUGUUGGAAUAUCCGAGGGCUUCAUCAGAAAUCCCGGAUAUCCAAGAUUUUACGGAGGUCAAUCACCUUGCAGGUGGAAGAUUAGGGUACCUAGUGAACAAAGGAUUCAGCUAACGAUAUUUGAUAUAUCCGUUAUAGUGGACAAUCCCCCAACAGAAGGUGAUUGUACCAAGGAUAGACUGGAAAUAAUAGACUCAGAAAUUCUUGUUUAUUCGACGUGCCAUCAGAAGGAGCCACCAAAGGAAUACCUAUCUUUAUCGGAUAGUCUGGAGAUAGUGUUGUACUCUUCACAAAGACUGACUCCUCUAAGGGGGAUAUUGUUACAUUACACUGCCGUUGGGUGCCCUACUCCUGUACCACCAGCAGAUAGCUAUUUGGUGUACAUAAAUGAUACCUUCGCCGCUUUUUCCUGUUGUGUUGGAUACGUUUUUCCCGAUACUGGAACAAAAACUAGACAACUCACCUGUGAAGGGUCCACCUGGAGUGAAAUUAUGCCAUUGCCCAAUUGUGAACAAUUGGAAUACCCUAGUGCAUCAGAACCUUUACCCAAACUACGGGAGAUCAUGGCCUCAGAAUUGAUAGUUCCUGCUGUUAUUAUUGUGACUCUUUUCAUCCUGAAUAGCAUGGUGCUUUUCUUCAUCAACCGAGCGAAAAAGAGAAACGAAAUCGAACAUAAGAAUGAAGAGAUAGGAGCCUUGAAUUCGGAAGAAUUAUCAGCAGUUGUAACAUAGAAUUUUUUGUGUAUUUAUAUUAAUUAUGCUCACGAAUAUUUUACAAAAUACAUUUUGUAUAUUUCCUGUAGAUUGUAAGAUCCAAAAUAAAGUUUAGAAAAGAUGGAAGUUA